AAAAGCAAAUCAACAAGAAGGAAGAGCAAUGGCGACACUGGCUCGCCAACAGCCCAGCCUGGACAGCGCUACGUUCUCGCCCGGAUCGCGGUCUCCUCUCACCGACGCAGCGGAAUCACAGCCGGCGGACGAUAUGAACUUCGAUGGUCUGAUCCCAACAUGUGAGGAUUUCUCUCUUGUAUGCAAUGUCUGCACCCAAGUCGUCAAGCCUCAGGGCUUCCUGACCCAUUACGGUAGUUGGGGAAUAGUUUCACACUGAGCAGAGAGGACAACCUCCCCACCACAGACCCCUCAAAGCCAUGCACAGCAAGAACCAGAGGAGACACGGUUCUCCCAGCAGCUCUCGAGCACCUCUGGUUCCCAUGAAGGCGAAGAUGUCCCUCAGCCAGAGUGAGGUGGAGCCCCUGCCGUUCCGUGUGCCUCGCGACUACCCACACUCGCGCUUCAGCAAAGCGCCGCUGGCCGUUUACCCGCCCAAAGGAGGACGCACCAAAGCCUGUGUGUCGUUACCUGUGGUGACUCUGGAAAAGAUGCCGUGUUUCAGCAGAUCAGAGGGAGCUCAUGUUAAAGUCAACUCCUCCUCGUCCACUUCCUCCUCCUCCUCCUCUUCCUCGUCCCUUUCCGUCCCCUCUUCCUCCCCUGCGUCUUCCUCGACCUCCGCCUCUCUGAAUUCCACUCUCCCAUCACCAGCGUCCCACAAAAAUCAGGAGAAGCUCCUGAACGGCCGCGGCCCCGUCACCCCGCGCUCCACCACGCCCCCGCUGCUGAUCGACAGACGGCCCAGUCCAUCCCGCUCCCCGCUGGACAAACGCCCCGCCCCCUCACCCUCCGCACAGGACAGGAGACCCGCCGCCUCUCCGUCGCCGUCCUCAGCGGACAGGAGAACCGGAGUUCCUCCCUCGCCCUCAGACAGGAAACACCCCAACGGAGCCAAAGGCAACAGGCAUAGGAGAGUUUCAGGAAGAGUCUUUGAUCCGAAUAAACACUGUGGAGUUCUGGACCCGGAGAGCAAGCGGCCCUGCACUCGAUCUCUCACCUGCAAGACCCACUCUCUGACCCAUCGCCGCGCCGUCCCAGGGCGGAAGAAGGAUUUUGAUAUUCUUCUGGCAGAGCAUAAGGGGCGGGCUAAGGAAAAGGAGGCGGGGCAAAAGAGGGACACAGCGGGCAGCCAAUCAGCUCAGUCGGCCCAGUCACUCGACACCUCGUCCAGCAACGUACCCUCAAGCUGUCAUAACGGCAAGACCACUCCGACUCUCAAACUGAGGCUGGCCAACGCGCACAUAAACAGGGGUUCUGGUGGUGGGGGUGCGGUGGUGCUCAGCUCCACGCCGGUGCCCGUGCCAGCUCCUGACCCGGUUCUGCCCAGCUGGCAGAAGUGUGGCGGGGACGUCCGUGUGUCCAGUGAUGAAGGAGAAGCUGAGCUCCCUGAGGACACGGAGAAGCCUUCAUGUCAUUACUCUCCUUAUCACCCGCGUCCCAUCAGCUGCUGUGCGUUCCGCAGCCGGCUGAUGGGCCGCGGUCACUACGUCUUCGACAGGCGCUGGGACAGGAUGAGGCUGGCGCUGCACUGCAUGGUGGAGAAGCACGUGAAUGCUCAGAUGUGGAGAAAAGUCCCCCUGGUGGCAGACUCUGUGGUCAGCUCGUCCCCGAGCCCAUCUGAGGCGUCUCCUCUGAGCUCCCCUUCUCUCUCCACCCUCGCUCCUGCACUCCCUGACGGAGUCUCCAUGGUAUCCUACUCCACCCCCUUCUCCCACAACGGCGCGGGGGUCUUCUGCAUCCGGGAUCCGGAGCCCAGCCCAAAGCUGCCUCAGACUAAAGCGGCCAAGCCUGCGAGGACCUCGGGGGAAGGGGUGGCGGUCAAACGGCGGAAGCCCCCUCCCAUCUCCGACACUGCCGCCUACCGGAAGAACGGCAACGGCUACCACCCGCCUCCGGGCCCCGCCCACAUCAGCAACGGCACGGCGGCCCUGAGCGUCCGGGCUAAACCGCGGACGGGCGGGCCGGGGCCCCGGGACUCGGACAGGUACCCCAGCGUGGAGCUGUCCCUGCCUCAGGCGCUGACGGGGGACCACGGGGGCGUCUCGUCUCACAGCCCGCUGCCUUGCAGCUCCGCCGAGGCACGCAAACGCAAGACCUCCAGCUCCGGCGACCGACCUGGCAAGAUCACCAAAACGACGGCGCUUGAUGGAAUCUUCCGCAAGUCCAGCGCCGGCCUUCUGUCCUCGGUGGCCGAGGCAUCUCAGAGUGCCCUCUCCAGACUGCCCAAAGUGCACCACUAACGGCGUGUGAGGUGGAGAGAGUCGAGCAGCUUCGCGGUGGUCUCCUUAAGCCCCUCUUCCACACAUGGUGAACCUCUGUCCUUCUGCAUGCGGCGCCGUCUCUGUGGAGAGAGUCCAUCACACUGUGCGUCCUGCCCGUUCACUCGACUCUCUGCGCUCUGUCACGGGGGGGUCUUCUGGCCUCUGGUCACGGAGGGGGUCCGUCAGGUACCCCCUGCUGCACCCCACCAUAACAGAACUACUCCUUUAAAAGUGCGGCACCCCUCCGAACAGAGGCGGCCGUGAUGAAAGCAGGAUGUCGGAGAGCGUUGUAAAUUUUAAGUGUCCUGUCAGAAACCAUGCACAAACAGAUACGUCUCAGACUUUUAGGAAUCAGUGUGGCUUUUUAUUUCUUUUCUUUUCGUACAUCAGCGGUUUGGAGUUCCGUGUGCCGCAGCAGUGAGGCGGACGACCGGCCGCGCCGAUCUAAAGUGCACUUAGUGUCCUAUCAUGCCUGGACUGCACGACAGGCAGCUGAGGGAAAAAAAAACAAGUUUCACCAAGGGAAUAUUUUAUAGAGUACUUUUUGGCAAGCUGUAUUUUUCUAAAGAGGAUGAAUUCAGGUUUUUGAGUAUUUUUUUGUUGUUGCAAGUGUUUCUGAGGAAUACAAACACAAACGUCAGGACUUGCAUCCGAGUUGUAAAGCAGCCUAGCAUAGUGUUGAAUUUUGUAUAAUAAUUUAUCAUUCUUUAUUAAUUUUCUAACUGACAUGAGUAGGGCUUAAGGCAUCGCGCGAAAGUAUAUUUGUACGUCCUUAUAAAAGUUUAAGUAUUAUUAUUAUUAUUAUUAUUAUUAUUAUUAUAGAGAUAUUGUUGGAAAUAUGAGUACAUAUCUUUUUUUGUUGUUUUGUAUUUAUUAUCCGUAUCUCUCAGAGCUAAAGGAAUCUAGAGGUUU